CACCCGGCGGAGAGCACACGGCUGUUCCCACACGUGGAGAACUUUUAACGAACACGUGAGGAUAAGACAGCAGUGUCUGUGGAAAAUCUGCCUCAACUCCGGCGUCCUGCCCAACCCCCUCCCAAACAGCUGGUUUGCUGUGCCUCCGGGGGUCUUCGCUCCCUUCUGCUGAUGUCCCAGCUGCGGGUCACGCGCUUGGAACGCAGCUCUCCCGAGCGGCCCCACCCUGGGCACCCGGCCGCGCGAAGCACCCGCAGCAGGCGGCCUUGCACCCCGUCUGCGCCUGCGCCCGCGCCCAGCGUUCCAAGACGGGGGCGGGGCUCCGAGGAAAGGGGCGUGUCUCUCGCCGGGCGCGCUGGGGGCGGAGCCGUGGGACCCGUGUGGUCCUGUGACCUGAGGGUUGACCUUCCCGAACGCUGGGUCCCGUGACGUCACCUCGCCGUGACGCGCACGCUGUAGGAAAACUAUGAGGAAACUGACACAGAAAGAUUAAGAAUUUGCUCAAGGUUGCACAGCUAAAAUGUGAUGGAGACAGUAUUUGAAUUUGGGCAAUCUGACCUCACAGUCCAUGCUCCAGGCAACAAUACUGCGUCACAGUAGGAACAACAAUGGAACAAUGCUCAGAGGUGGAAGCAAGCCUGAGGUGCCAAGGCAUUGCAAGGAUUAAUUAAAAGAAUUUACCACAUAUUUUAUGACUUUUUACUGGAACAUUGAGAGAUAGCCCAGAUUGAGGAUUCCCAGAUUGAGGAUUCCCGUUGGCAUUGGGUUGGUGGGAGCAACCUUUUGUUGAAAUAGUUUUAGAAGAAAAUGUUAUGCUCUUAUGAAGCAUAAGAAUGUGUCAGCAGCUGCUCAUAAAUCAAUAGGGACCAGCACUGUGCCAGCACUACCCUCAUAGCAGAGUCUUUCAAUAAGUUACUAGGUGAUCCAAGAUUUAAAAGCUUGGUGAUUAGCAAUUUUAUGAAAGAUGGGAGCAUCUCGUGAAAUCACAUGGUGUUUCUCUUAGCGAAAUACCCUCUAUGUCCAUCCAUGUUGUUGCAAAUGAGUGUCAGAUUUCCUGAAAUUUGGGUCCUGGAUAUAAGGACUCUAGGAGGUCUUAGCGCUACGGAUAUGUGGAGUAGAAGUGGUGAUCAGCCAUGCCUUCUGGAACAAUACAGAGUGGAAAAGGUUUGCAGACCAAGAGUCAAUUUAGGACCAUUGCACCGAAAAUUGUGUCCAAAGUCCUAACUUCCAGAGUGCUGUCGGGCCCUUCGCCAUCACUCUCUAAUCAGGUGAAUCCAGGCCCCCCCAUCAGCUCUACACCACUGGGGGUGCCUGCCCAAAAUUAUGCUCUGAUGCAGGUUGCUGGCCAGAAGGGGACAUUUUCUCUCGUGGCGUUGCCUCAGGUUGCCUCAAUUCAGCCAGUUCAGAAACCCAGACUGCCCCUGCCUGAAAACCUUAAACUGCCUAUUCCUCGAUACCAACCCCCAAGAAAUAACAAAGGAUCAACAAAGAACCCCAUUUCGAGCUUCUCUGAACGUGGCUGUAGCAAACCUCCUGCCCAAACCCAAAUGUCUCCUUCCCCACCUGGCUGUUCUGAGCCGCUGCCCCAGCCCAGUCCGUCCGAGCCAGUGCUGCCACCAGACCAGGCCCCAGCCAGCGUCAGCCCGGCUGCUCUGACCAGCGGAGGUGGCCCCGGAGACUCUCGACCUCCAGUGACCAGUGACUGUGGAGACCCGAACCUUCCUGACACCCCAACAUCAUCCGCACCAGAGGAGCCCUCUGCCAGGCAGGGCUUCAUGAAGAUUUCAGGGAAAGAAAUCUUUGCAAGCAAAGAACCAUCCAGUAAACCUGCUGCUGUUGCCAGUGAAAAACAUAAAGAACAAGUUGACCUUGCAGAAGGCACAGUCAGGUUAUCGACAGCCAUUUGGGGUGGUUCACUCCAGUGGGUGCCCUCAGUCCCCAAAGGUAAACUGCCAAUCUUACCCCCCGUAAGUAUGAAAACAACAGAGGUUUAUAAAAGUGAGUCAGAUGUUAACAUUGUAGACUUUUCUUUACCUGGGCUCAGGGUGCACUGGGAUAAGACAUCCACCAUCACCGAAGGCUUUGAUGCAGCCACCGAGAUGGCCAGUAAGGGACCUGGUCCACAGGUGUCAAAGCAGAGUCUCUGCAAAAGUGCCUUUUGUCCAGCUACCAAACUGGAUCUCAACCACAAAACAAAACCGAAUGGUGGGGCAACAAAGAGAAAAGGAAGAAAACUAAAGGUACCCGAUGAAAUCUUGUCAUUUCAGGGGAAAAGGAGGAAAUGUAAAAUAAUAAAAAAUGAUUCCCAACCAUCCAGAGACCAAAAACCUGGGGCUUUGAAAAAAUAUCGUAGCAUUAUGCCUAAACCUGUCAUUGUCAUGCCCGCUGUGGCUCCCUUGGGUUCUCCUGGGGCUAUAUUACCUUCCCAAAGGCCCAGCAGCCUAGGACAGGACAGUUUGUUAAAUAAUUCGCUCACUCCUAAAUAUCUCGGCUGUAAGCAGGAUGACAGCCCUUCCCCUAAGCCCAGCUCUGCAUUCAGAAAUGGAUUCUCUGGCAUUAAGAAGCCUUGGCACAGAUGUCCUGUCUGUAACCACCACUUCCAGUUCAAGCAGCACCUUCGAGACCACAUGAAUACCCACACUAACAGACGGCCUUACAGUUGUCGAAUUUGUCGCAAGGCAUACGUGCGUCCCGGCAGCCUGAGCGCACACAUGAAACUUCAUCCCGGCGAGAACUGGCUGAAGAAACUUGUGUGCUGUGAAUUUUGUGCAAAAGUGUUUGGUCAUGUCAGAAUCUAUCUCGGCCAUCUGAAAGAAGUGCAUAGGGUUGUCAUCAGCACUGAGCCCUCCCCCAGCGAACUGCAGCCAGGGGACCUGCCAAAGAACAGGGACAGGGAUGCGAAUGUGCAGAGAGAAAACAAAUCAAGCCUCGACGAAGACCUUCUCCUAAACCAGGCAGACGAAGUCAAAUUACAAAUCAAAUGUGGCCGCUGUCAGAUCACUGCCCAGUCCUUUGCUGAAAUAAAGUUUCAUUUACUUUGUGUUCAUGGAGAGGAAAUUCAGGGCAGGCUGCAAGAGGAGAUCUCCCCAGGAAGCCAAGCAGCUGGCAAAGAACUGGCUCAACAUGCUGCUCCUUCCUGGAAACAGCAUCCUGAAAGAAGAAAGCUGCCGCAGCACCGUCCCUCUGACGAGGAGGUGCACGCAGUUCCUACAGUGACACGGCAACCCUACCUGCAUCAGCAGAAUGAAAAGGAAAUGCUCACAAAACAUGAAGGGGCCCAGCUGAGACCCAGCAAGCCAGAAGUCCCGCAGGGCCCUGCGAGUCCCAGCCCACACUCAGUUCUCCUUCAGUCCCCUUCCGGCUUUAACUGCAUCCUUUGUGCACAGACGCUCAGAAGGAAAGAAGAACUCCUCCUGCACUGGGAACAAGGGCACAAUUGUGAGGACCCUCCAAUGCUCUGGAGGAUUCUACAUGCACUCUCUAACCAACCGGGGAGUGUCCGAACUUCCCAGCAAAACUGAAACAUGAAAGACAGGGGCCAGAGAGGUUAAACAGAGUUUUGUAUCACCUUUCUCUCAAAGUUCUUGCUUUAUGGUGGUGCUUAAUUAUAAAAAUCAAACAAGUUAGGAUUAGCAUUAAUAAGUGGGAGUGAUUUUGUACAUAAUUUUAUUUUCUUAUGAAAUAUAUACCCUUGAUGCAUAUAUUCUAACCAUAUGCAGUUUUAUUUUUAAAUUCUGUGCACUAAAUGUUAAUGUCUUAGGCUUUAUUUCAGAAUGAAUAAAAAGAUCAAAAUUUGGAGACUGAAAUUAAAAGGAUUUUAGGCUGUUCUUCAAAUAUACUUUUC